AUGCAGCAGCCAUGCCAGGCCCUAGGCGGACCCUCCAGCAGCAGGACAGAAGGGCCGCGGGCCUCCCACACCGCCUCGGAGAAGACCGGGUGGGCGGAGCUCAGCCUGCUGGCGAUCAACCCCAGGGCGCAAGCCGGCGAGACAGGGGGAAGGGAGGAGCCGGCGAGGCCCGAUGGGCUGCUGGAGGUGGGUCUCUGCGCGCUGGGCAGCGCGGGCGGAGCCCCAGGUGGGAGCCCAGUGAGCUCUCCACCGCGGUCCCGGUCCCGGCCCCACCUGCUGGUCUCAGGCCCGGCACGCUGGGCCAAGGAGCACCGUCUUCCCGGUGGCUCCUCGGACCACCCCUGGCUGGAGAUGCCGCUCUCUGGCGCCUUCCUGCUCUCCUCCCUGCCGACCCUGCCGGGCCACGGUUCCAUCGUCCUCUCCCUGCCGGGCCCCAGGCUGCGCACCCCCAUGUACUUCUUCCCGGGCAACCUCUCCGUGCGGGACCUCCGCGUCACCAGCACCAUCGUGCCCCCGCUGCUGGCCAACCUCAGGGGCCCCGACAAGACCGUGGCCUUCUGGGGCUGCGUGGCGCAGGCCUACCUCUUCCCCUGGACGGGGUGCACCGAGUGUGCCCUGCUGGCCGUCAUGGCCUACGACCGCCACGUGGCCAUCUGCCGGCCCCUCCGGUACACCCUCCUCAUGCCGCCCCGGGCAUGCGUGCAGCUGGCCGCCGUGGCCUGGGUCAGCGGCCUGGCCAACGCGCUGGUGCAGGCCACGCUCACCUUCCAGCUGCCUCACUGCGGCCACGGCAGGCUGGACCACUUCUUCUUCUGCGAGGUGCCCGUGCUGAUCAAGCUGGCCUGUGGCGACACCACGGCCAACGACCUGUCCCUGGUGGUGGGCGCCCUGCCCUUCGUGCUGGUGGCCCCCGUGCUGGUGCUCGUGUCCGACGCGUCCAUCGCCAGGGCCGUGCUGCGGUCGCCGGCAGGCGAGGGCAGGUCCAAGGCGCUCAGCACCUGCAGCUCCCACCUGGCGGUCGUGCUCAUGUCCCUCGGACCCGGCAAAUACAUGGACCUGCAGCCGCCGGCCCGAGGCGCUUCCCAGGCCAGAAGGGGGCAGGACACCCCAGGAGGGGAAGAGCACCAGCUCCCCGAGCCCGCAGCCUGGGCGGGCACCCCGGGUCUGGAGCGGCGGCCCCCGGGGCUGCCCGCUGGGGCCUGA